ACUGGAAUCCCAACAGAUCACUCGAUCAACAUGUUCAAAUGCGACUCAUCCAACCAGUUUAUAUUCAACCCCGACUUCUCCCCAGAAGUGCUGCGCCACUCCGUCUCCAGCUGCUGAUACCAGCACCCAGAGUUCAGCAUCAAGUCCACAGACGGACUUGCGUUUUUGCUUAGGUGCUACUAGCGUCCAGAGCUACCAGUGUCCGGUGAGAAACGAUGCAGGACCUGAAGGACACCCUUGUUCGGGUGGGAUGUCUGGCGUUGGUGACGUUGAUGCUUGCGGUGCAAGCGGAAGCAGCUGUAGUGAGCUAUGACUGGAACGUAGACUACAUGAACGCUGCCCCUGAUUGCGUGCAGAAGCUGGUUCUGGCUGUGAAUGGCCAAUUUCCAUCCCCAACAAUUCGUGCUGUAGAAGGUGAUACAGUCGUGGUGCAGGUGACAAAUCAUAUUCCUACUGAAGGAGUUUCAUUUCACUGGCAUGGCAUACAUCAGAGGGGCACGCCUUACUACGAUGGCGCCGCGUAUGUGUCCCAGUGCCCCAUCAACCCUGGGGAGACCUUCACUUACAGGUUCAAAGUUGACAAGGCUGGAACCUACUUCUACCAUGGCCACUUCGGAUUGCAGCGCUCGGGAGGGAUCUACGGCUCACUCAUCGUCGACCUGCCUGCUGGCAAGAAGGAGCCGUUCUCGUACGAUGCCGAGCUCAGCAUCAUCCUCAAUGACUGGUGGCACAAGUCUGUUUACGAGCAAGAGCUCGGCCUCAACAGCGUUCCCUUCAAAUUUGUGGGCGAGCCACAAUCCUUGUUGAUAGAGGGUCGCGGAAGAUACAACUGCUCUCUACUUCCACAGAAUGCCACCACUGCGCCCCCUGGCUGCCUGGUCUGCAAUUCCACCGACCCUAGAUGCGCACCUCAUGUGUUGCCAGUCACUCCUGGAAAGACGUACCGUCUGCGCAUCGCCAGCGUCGCGUCCCUGUCGUCCCUCAACUUUAUCCUUGAGGGCCAUAAAAUGACGGUGGUCCAAGCCGACGCUCGCAACGUCCAGCCUUUCGUCGUCGACAAUCUGGAUGUGUAUUCUGGUCAGAGUUACGACGUGCUGUUCACCGCCAACCAAGACGCCUCCAAGAACUACUGGGCUUCCAUCAAUGUGCGAGGCAGGAAACCUGCCACGCCCACCGGUCUCGCAAUCCUGCAGUACCUGCCCAAUCCAGCGAAUCUGCUUCCCACCACCGCCGCUCCAGUAAGUCCUGUCUGGAACGACACCGCCACCAGCGUUGCGCUGGCGAAGAAGAUUUAUGCCAACGUCGAUUGCGAAGCAUCACCCCCCAAGAAAUCUCACCGCACCGUGGUGAUCCUGGGCACACAGAACAACAUCGAAGGGCGCAUCAAGUGGGCUUUGAACAACAUUUCAUACGUCCACAAUCCCACGCCCGUCCUUGCAGCGCUGAAGUACAAGAUCAGGGGAGUGAUUGACGCCGCUCCACCGCCCAACUCCCCUGUCAAGAACUACGACGUCUAUUCCCCACCGUCUGCGGCGUUUCGAAACGCCAGCUACGGCAGCCCGGUGUACAUCUUCAAGAAGGACAUCGUCGUGGAUGUCAUUGUCCAGAAUGCCAACACCCUCAGCACUCCCAACAACAGUGAGAUCCACCCCUGGCAUCUGCACGGCCACGACUUUUGGGUCAUGGGCUACGGCGACGGGCUAUUCGACCUCAAAAAGGACGUUGCGAGCUUCAACUUGGUGGAUCCGCCACUACGCAACACAGUGGCGGUGUUUCCCAACGGAUGGGUAGCGAUCCGGUUUGUGGCUGAUAAUCCCGGCGUGUGGCCUUUCCAUUGCCAUGUCGAACCACAUUUUUACAUGGGAAUGGGCACCGUGUUCGCGGAGGGCAUCCACAAGUUGCCCAGUUUGCCUAAGGAGACCUUGGGCUGCGGUCUGACCAAGCGGCGUCUGUAGGCCGGCAAAAGAACGAUGAGGAAGUUCCGAUUUGCAGCUCCUUCGGCGCUGCCGCAGAAGAGCGUGGCGUCGCACUCCUGGUUGGAACCCAUGGAGGCGGAUGAGUGCUGCGGAUGCGUGCAUGGCGUUCUGGGGAUGCACGGAGGGCGUUAAUAUCAUUCGGGAAAUUCGUUGCUGUUGCAGCCUCCCUCUGUCGGGCUCUCGGCCGAACCUGCAAGUUGCAUCGAUUUGUUGCAACAAUCCAUUCUUCAGAAUAAAUUCAGAGACUUUUGUUGUUUUCUCAAACAAUGACAUGAGUAGUAUACCUUUUUCAAUGGAAUUUAAUGUUUUCUUCACAAUGUAGUGGGGAUUUCUGUGAUUGGGCAUUA